AUGACUGAGAAGCUGACUUGGCAUGUCUACAUCCACGGAUUCAGUGUAUUUCAACGCCCUCCCUCUUCCCCAAUUCUCACUUCUAAAUUCAGGAGAAAUAAAUCAAUAAUGGCUUCUCUUGGUGUUUCUGAAAUGCUGGGUAACCCCCUUAACUUCAGUGUGGCAUCCAGGUCUGCUCCUACACCAUCCAACCGCCCGGCCACCACUUUCAAAACAUUAGCCCUUUUCUCCAAGAAGCCUGCACCAUCUCCAAAGGCUAAGUCUGCUGCUGUGUCCCCUGUCGAUGAUGAACUCGCCAAGUGGUAUGGACCUGACAGAAGAAUUUUCUUGCCUGAGGGCCUUUUGGAUAGAUCAGAAAUCCCCGAAUACCUCACUGGAGAAGUUCCCGGAGACUAUGGCUAUGAUCCCUUUGGCCUCAGCAAAAAACCUGAAGACUUCGCAAAGUAUCAAGCAUAUGAGCUGAUUCAUGCUAGAUGGGCUAUGCUUGGUGCUGCUGGAUUUAUCAUCCCAGAAGCAUUCAACAAAUUUGGAGCUAACUGUGGCCCUGAAGCUGUUUGGUUCAAGACUGGAGCCCUACUUCUUGAUGGAAAUACGUUGAAUUACUUCGGAAAGAACAUUCCCAUAAACCUCAUUGUUGCUGUGGUUGCUGAGGUUGUACUCGUUGGAGGUGCAGAGUAUUACAGAAUUAUUAAUGGCUUGGAUCUGGAGGACAAACUUCACCCAGGUGGUCCAUUUGACCCACUGGGUCUUGCCAAGGAUCCAGACCAGGCUGCAUUAUUGAAGGUGAAGGAGAUCAAGAAUGGUCGACUAGCCAUGUUCUCUAUGCUCGGUUUCUUUAUCCAGGCAUACGUGACUGGACAGGGUCCUGUAGAAAACCUUGCAGCACACUUGAGCGAUCCUUUCGGCAACAACUUGCUCACUGUUAUUGCCGGAACUGCUGAAAGAGCUCCUACCCUGUAA